GUGCACUUUCUUCAUGCCCACCACCAUCCAGUCGCUGCCCGUCGAGCUCAUCACUCGUAUUAUCGUCCUGGGCUCCAACUACGAAUAUCCGUAUACUGAUUCUCCAUUCCUCUUCAAGCCCGUACAGAAUACCUUCUACAAUUCCCCUUCCUGCGCCUUCCAGAUCGUAGUUUCCCAUGUAUGUCAUACCUGGCGGGAAAUUGCCCUGCGAACUGCCUGCCUCUGGACUACCCUGCAUUUUCAUGAGCCCGCCCAUAUCCAAAGAGCUCGUGUAUUUCUCUCCCGUUCUAGGCCCCAGUCGUCCAGCACAUUAGACAUCCUCAUAUCAACCGUAUCUGAACCCGAAUACAUACCCAAUGUCAACCUCUAUCUCACAGAACUCCGUGACAUCUUCCAGCUCAUCGUCGGUCAUGUCAAGCGUUGGAGAUCUUUCCACCUCAAAAUUCGAGAUAAUCAGUGCAAACUGGUUGCUCGUCAGUACCUCUCUUCCUGUGGUCCUGGACCAAACCUCGAAACCCUCCAGCUCUAUCAUUUCGAGGACUUUGAAAACUCAGCAGACUUGUACCUUGCGACGUACAGGCCCCCCGUCAUAAUAUUCAAUAAUGAGGUUCCUAAAAUCAAGAAUGUAUCCUUAAUUGGCGUCAACCUCCCUUGGGAUCAGUCACCUUACCUCGAAAGUCUCCGUUCCCUUGAACUCGCCCUGCACGCUGACAAUAUUCGUCCUCCAUACGUAGACUGGGAGCACAUGCUUCGUUCCCCCGAUCUCGAGCGCCUGUCGCUUCAUUACAGUGGUCCAAGGUCGAGCGCAGGUGAUGCUAAAACUGCCUGGCCUACUUCUCUCACCUGGCCAGUUGCCAACCGCAAAGGUCCCGUGGUAUUGGAGAGGUUAACAGAACUGGGGCUGAUGGAUCUGGAGCCGGAAUAUUUGGGAAAGGUGAUGCAGGGAGUAGUCAUGACAGAUGUCACCAAGCUCUCCCUGAACCUUUCAGAGCAGGAUUACUCACCUUUUCUGGGCUCUCUAACCCGACGGGAAGGAAGCAAGAGCUCCCGAACGGGACCCCCAGUUCAUUACGCUUUGCCGAACAUCCAUUUGCUGACCGACCUGACCGUCACUGCGUUAGAAUGUUCGGUUUCUAGUUUCCGCGCGCUUCUACGCAUACUCGUUAAUCUACGUUUCUUAGACGUGGAUUUCGCUGGUUUAUGUGGUGGAGAGGGAUGGAAAGUCUUCGUUGAAGAUGAUGAUCCUGAAUAUGAGCACGAUGAAGAAAAGGGUGGAAGUGAAGCGACACGGUCGUCACGACGACCAACCCCAGAGCAGCAAGACUUAAUUGUGGAUAAGAAAAACGAUCUCGAGUGGGACCUUCCUCAAGGACCUCUACCUCGUCCACUUUCCAUGUAUGCCGGGAUGAAGGCUACGGGGUCGUCUUUGGUUGCCAGCACCUCGGCAGCGGAGGGUCGUUCGGCGAUCAUGCCAAGUCUCUUACCCAACCUCGACACUUUUCGGGCACUCAGUCUGGACGGAUCGACACUGCGUAACGUUAUCGCUUCGAGGGGAACAAUGGCGGGGAAGGUCAACUGGAUAAUACGUAUCGGCAUCCGAUACCGGGAUAUUGCAACUUCCACAGAUGACAGCAUCUUGGAUGGCAUCAUUCGGACUGGCGAGUGUCCGCUUGAGGAAAUCGGAAUUCAAGUUCCCGUCCACGUGGACUGGGUCCAGGACGAUGAGGAGGAGGAAGAAGAGGAGGAAGAGGAAGAUGGUGGUGAUGACCUAGAGUAACAAACCAUCUGGGCGUCCGCAGAUUGCGUGCCAGCGGUUUUGACAACCCUUCAAAUACAACGCAAUUCAUUCUGACAUAUAUGCCCUGCUCAUUCAUUUCUUUCUUAGGCUAGCAUAUUUCUUCUGUGUAUACCUUUUCUUUCCGGAAAUUAGGACGCUGCUUUCCCAUUUCCACAAAAUAUCCGGUUGAUUACCUUCUAGUCCACUUCUGGAAGUUCGUGUAUAUUGUAUCUUUAGGCUUCGUUUCAAUGUAUAAAAGUUCAUCCUG